GAGUGUGUGUGUAGGGAUGAAACCCUGGACGGAAGGUUUCAAGCUGAGUUCCGCAGCACAUGCCACCGCUGCUGACCCAUGGCCGGCGACCCACGGCGCACGACAUUUGUUGCGACCGUGAACGUCAGCGGGCUGGUGGGUGGAUGAGUGAAUGGGAGUAUCGAGUGCGUACAUCCAACGUAUAAUGUACCUGCAUUGGCUGCGCAGGCGGGCCGAGGGGGGGUCGGGGGUGGCUGGCCAGAACGUAAGUGACAACGCAUUGGUGGAGGCCCGAGAGCACCAGACAGAGGCAGAGGGCUCAAGAGAGGGUGUUCUGGCAGCGCGGUGGCCCUAUGACGGCAUGGCACCAAAGGAGAAGGCAUCUAGAAAGACGGGCGUGGCGGGCUGGGAGCCGUGGCAGGUUGUGGUCGUCGUCCAUGACACGGGCGUUGUGGGCAGAGUGAGAGUGAAGCAAGCGGCUCAGCCCAGCCCAGCCUCGUCAGCAGGGCCCUCCUCACAAACACGCGACCGCUUAUGUUAUCCGCGCACGGCCGUCCGUCUUGUCGACGACGCUUUGAGACGCCGGGAAGGCUCAGCCGGACGGCGAUUGGCUGUUUCACCCCCAGAGAGUGGGGGCGCCGGCUCUGUCUUGUUGCAUCCCCUUUCGCAUCCACCGCACAAGACUCAUCCCAGAGAAGCAAUGUGCAAUUGCUUCACUUCGCCCGACAUGUGCUCCAGACUUGCGCCGAAAAGGGCCACGUACUUGCUGGGUGCCCGUCUGGCCCGUCCGUUGCCCCGUGAAUGCAUCAUCGAGCCCAUGGCCAAGCGUAGACGUCAGUCCAUGGUGAUGCUGAAGGACCAUGACUUUGCGAGUUAAAU